AUGAGCUCGCGUACCAGCUCGACGACAGCACAGUCGUCGACCCUCCGGCCCCGAGCGCCUCGACUUAUCUCUGGUCUCGAUGAUGAAGACCCGCCGACUCUAACUCCAGUAACACGCCAUGCCUCGCCCCUACCUUCGCCCUUUGACUCUCGCGAGCCCUCGCCUAUGCCCAGUACACGUCUGCCGCGCACUGCUUCCUCCCAGAAUGUACGCCAUGUAAAGAGCAUGAGCCGAUUGAAUCCCGAUCGCGCUCAGUCACCCGCAACCCUGUCGGCCUUCUUUGGAGAUUCGUGGUCGGCUAUACAGGGCAUGGCCUCGGACCUACUUACUCCUUCUCCAGUGUCUUCUAAAGCAGCUCUCUCGCCGCGACGUCGUAAACCCUCUAUCAACUCGACCUUUACACGGAAUACAAGUGCCCCUCCGAAACAUUGGGGUGUGCCCACUUCCACCCCUUCUUCUGCUAUUGGUCUUGGCUCAUAUGAAGAGAGGGAUUCGUUGAUACGUGCUGAGAAGCGCAAGCAACUCAUGAACGCUACUCCGGAACACAACACAAUUGGCCAAUUCAAGCGUCACGCCUUGGUCUAUGUUCAUCAUGUGAAGCCUGAAGAUACGCUUGCCGGAAUCACUAUCAAGUACAACAUUCAUCCUUCAGCCUUGCGACGAGCCAAUCGCAUGUGGCCCAAUGAUCGCAUACAAGCUCGCAAGACUAUUCUGCUUCCUGUCGAUCAGUGCGCCGUCAAAGGCACUCGUCUGAAUGGCAGUGAGGAUCUAUAUCAACUGACUCAGGAGAAUAACCCUUUCCCUACGUCUAUAGAAGAGGUUAAGACACCCAUCCCUACAGGCAGGAAAAGGAAUGAGUCUGUAUCCACAAAUGGUGACCGCCCGUCGUCUUCGUCGUGUCGCUCUUCACACGAUCCAGAAGCAGACUGGGAACACGACGCAUGGUCUUAUUCUGACAUUGACACACCCACUGCCUCUCUCGACCUUAACAGAUCUGUGAUACACGAGAAUCCUCUGGACUCUCCUAAGCAAGAGAUUCCACAACGACCGCGCGGGAUCAGAAGGUCGUCCAAUGCAAAUAACGCUUAUUUUCCCAGUUACCUAGCUGGGCCGGGAGGUGUCGGAACCAUGGCCAAGAACGUGAAGUCGCCUGGACCUGCUCAAGAUGGAUUGAACAAGAUGUUUGCAAGUCACCUUCCCAAUGUGGCUCCCCCGCCCAAUCAGUCGAAUCUUUAUCUCCCUGAUAUUCCGACAUACUCGGAUGAUCCUACGCCUUUCACACCCGGCCUCACGCAUGCACAAUCGCCUUCUAUCAACAUCGAGAACGUAGGGGCGGCUGUCGAGGGAUGGAUGCGUAAGAUGGCAGCUAAAGCCAGCACUGCUAUCCCACCACCACAAGAUCGUGGUGUGGCAAACAGAGGUGGACCUAGUGGAAUUGGCGAUCUCAUCGAGAUGGCCGAAUCUUUCGAGAUAGGUGAAGAUGAAGAAGAAGACGAAGAAAAGCAUCGGGGUCGCCAGGGUUCGGAGAGCACUGGCCGUCCUGGUAUGAGCAGUAGUGCUUCUUUUGCGUAUGCUUCAACACUCAAGGAUAGAGCGAGGAGUGGAACCAGUGCUGGCGCUGGUAAGAGGCAAAAGGACGAUUAA